UCCUUCCGGGGACAGAACCGUGUGGGAUGGCAACCAAGCACAUCCGGCACAAGCGCAGAAGUGUCAUCCAGGUAUCCCCCAAGAGCCUGAAAGAGCGGUACAAGCGCGCAUGCAAACAGGAAUGCCAAUUCCCAACCAAGUGCACCCACACGCCAACACAACGCACCAGGCAAUUCCACCUCAGAUAGAAGUCACAACCUUCGAUGAACACCCGGUCCAGCCGCAGGAUCCGCACACAGAGCAGUAUGUAGAACAGUACCAUCCACCGCAAGGACAGAAGCCAUUGGACAAAGGACAACAGAAGGCAGCCUACAACCCAGAUAUCCCCGAUAUAAACGUUCCAGGAAAUUACCCACAUCCGACUGAACCCCACUACGCAGAAGAAGCGACUCAAGCUCCAACGGGGGCUCGUCAACAGCUCUUCGUCACUGUCAAUACCGAUGAAGUCGAGCCCCAGGCAAGUAGCGGACAAGAGCCUGUCGAUAUGCAUCAGCAACACGAGCACCUCCAGCCACAUGGAAAUACACUUCAGGGCCAUGGGCCCAACUCCGCAACGUGGCCUGCCGCAUUCCCAAUGCAGGAGGGAAACGUCCAGGAUGCUCCACAUGCACCUGUAUUCCCACCAACGCGGAGCAUACAGACGGCUCCGGUGACAUCUCAUCCGGCAUACAUUCGAUGUCCACCCGUUCACCAGCCACUUCCAAGAUCAGCAGCCUUCAUGGAGCAGGAACAUCAAGAAACCUACCCUCCAGUGGACUUCCGACCCGUGGACCCAUCGCAACUGCUACCCGAUCAGCAACAGUCAGUCUUUCCGAGGCAAGACAUCGUGUACGUAUCCAUCCAUCGUAGUUAGCAAUAUAGCAACAACUCUACCCAUAACUAACUCCAUUAAUCCCCAAUCAGAGAAUCAACAGACAGACUCAUCGUCGAGCAACCACUUAACCCCCCCUUCAACAAAGCCCCGCCCCCAUUGCCGCCCACCUACGAAGCCGAUCUAAACACCAGUCCCAGUACGCUCGCUCUAGGCGCGAUACCCUCGCUACCAGGCAGCAAG